AUGCAUAGUCUGCUCACUAUCACACUCUACAGUGACAGUGCACACUGCACACAAUUUUAUAGAAUGAUAGCCUUAUACAGUCAGUGGCGACUCCAGAAAUUUUGUUCAGGGUGUUCCUAUUCCACUUUGAAAAAAUUUCGGUAUUCAUGUGAGGAGUGGGACUCUAAUGUACAAAGAACAUACGGUAAUUGGCGUUCAAAACUAGAAAUAACAAAGAGCAGAGAAGCGGAAAAGUCGAAGAAAAACAGAGAACGGAGAAGAAACGGCAAGGAAGAAGAAGCUGAAGCAGGUGGGGAGACUGCGGUUGACCAAAUGGAAGUGGCCGGAGACAUGGAAGUGACCGGCGAUGUGGUGAUUUUAGUUCAAAAUUUGUUUGGCAUAAAAAUUUUGAGGAUGUUCCUGAUAUUACUUGAGGGUGUUCCUAUUUUUUUUUAAAGGUAA